GCUAUACAAGUUUCGAUUGUUCAUGAUAGGUUGUUAAAAGAGUAUGAACAAUGGAUUACGGACAAAGAUAGAUCGACUUUAUGCGAACCUAAGUGCAAUUUGCUAUAGACAGAGGUUGAUUCGAAGGGGGGGAAACUCGUUGAUUAAGUGUAACAUAUAUCUUGCCAUUUUACCGUACCAAGGCGGGCUACAACACAUCAUUAAUACAUGUUUCCCUCGAAAAAUACUCAGUAAAGUUGAAAUCAUUAAUAAGAUAUUGUCUAAAGACUCACAAGUGAUUACCUAUUCGAGGAUAAUGAAGGGGUAUUUUUUUUAUAGCGCACAAAAAUAUAUCUAUGUGAAAACUCAAAAUACGAGGACGAUAGUACAUUUGUUUGUGACGUCAACCAAAUACACCAUUCAAACAAAACUAAAAAUUUAUAUUAUAAUUCGUGUCCAUCAUCACUUGUAUUUCCAAAACUCUUUCCCUUGUCAUCAUGUACCGUUGCACACCCUCAUUCCAUAAUAAUGAGAGAAAAAAAAAUCAAAGAUUGGAAUCUUCUUCUUCCCUGUUCAUUCCAACUAAUCAAACAAAUUAACCGGCAAUCAUCCCCAAUUAAUUAACCCAAAUAUCCUCUCCAAGACCUAAAAACCAAGUUAAUUCGUAAAAUCAAUUAUAUGGCCAACACCCUAAAAAAAUAAAAAUAAAAAAUUCAGAAAAAGGAAAUAUAAGAUUAGCAUUUAGCAACACACACGGGAAAGAUAGUGGGAAAAGAAAGCACAGUGACAGAGAGCGAGCGAGCGCGUGCACUUAAUAAGUUCCUUAGUGGUGUUUGGCUCGCGCUUUUUUUGUUUAUUAGGGUUCACGCUUUUUUAGCUUUUCCCCCAAUUUACAAUUUUUUCCCUCUUUUCUCCCCAACAAAGCCAAACAGAGCGUUAUGGGCAUCACAGCAAAAUCCAGCCGGGCCAAGACCACCACCACCACCGCCACUUCUUCCUCUUCCGCCACCGACAAUAACAGCAACCGUGGCAUGGGCUUCCUCUUGGUCUUCUUCUCCGACGACAAGAACUCCUCCCCCGGCGUUGCCGACGCCAAGCAGAUUGCUCACCGGUAUGAUAAUUACAGCCUGCAGCAGUCCUCCGCCGAUUCUCCGGGGAAUGCAAAACCGGCCAUGAAACGGACCAAUUCCAGCAACCCAAUCCUUACCAAAACUCAAUCCACCAUCUCCGUCUGCGCCUUCUUGGUCCUCUUCUCCUUCCUCCUCUUCGCCCUCUCCACUUUUGAACCCCCCAUCCCUCCCCACCCCGUCGCCGCCGUGUCCGUCCACCGCCGGUUUCUCUCCGAGAGGCCGAUUAUCCACCACCGCGGGGUCGCCGGGGGAGGGGGAUUCUACUACUGGCUCGACGCCGCCGCCGGCGGGAUUGUCGGGAGGAGGAGGACGAAAGAAGCAGGGGACGAGUAUUCCUCUGCUUCUCCCCCACACUCUUUUGCUCUCCAAGGGAUGGGCAGGCUUUACCGGCGGGGCACCAGAUCCAUGGCCGACCUCCUCGUCGGCCACGUGGCAGAGGACACCACCGAGGCCGAAUUCCGCCUCUUCCUCCGGCUGUUCCACCGCUCCGGCCUCGCAUCCAGGGCCGACGCCGUCUUCCUCUUCCCUUCCUCCUCCGCCUCCAGAUCCGGUUUCGAGGCGGUGAUUCGCGAGGAGAACGACUCGUUCUCCGCGCUCCUCCUCCGCCAGCAUUGCGCCAAGAAUCACUCCGAAUCGAAGAACAACGCCGCUUCCAUGGAGGUGGAGAAGGAGAAAUGGUCCUGGUCCAGAUUCGACGCGGGGCGGUUCGUGAAAAGGGCGAAUCACAGCAAGGGAAUGGCGGCCGCGGCUGCGGGGCCGAUGGAGACGACUCUUCUGUGGGGUAAGAAAAUUCGACUCAAUGCUACUAUUAAUGGCAGUUCUAGUCCAACCACUACUUCUUCUUCCCCCACGGCGAGUCGCGAUGGCGACUCGCCGCCGCCGACGACUCGGGUGAGUUACGGGUCGGUGGUCGGGUUCGAGGCGAGCGAGCUCGACCCGGAAAACUCGCUAUCCGGUUUCCUCCCCAACCCGCAAAUGUCCCUCCGUCGGUGGGCGUGCUACCCGAUGCUCCUCGGGCGGGUCAAGCGGAACUUCAAGCACAUAAUGCUGGCCGACGUAAAGUCCACGCUGAUCCUCGGACCCGACCCGCUCGCCCGGGUCCGGAACCGGGCGCCCGAGUCCCUCAUCUACUUCUCCACCAGUAAGGAAACCGGAAAGCGCGGCGGAGGGAAAAAGAGCGCCCGGUCCGGACAGGCGGCGAACCCGGCGGUUCUGAUGGGCGGAGGGAGAGGGAUCCGGCGAUUCUCGGCGGCGAUGCUGACGGAGAUAGUCCGCGCCGCCAUGCAACACAACGGCAAGAGGAAAACCGGAGUGACGGAGUCCGGGAUCCUGACCCACCUGCUGAUGGGGAGCAGCGGCGAGCAUAUUUUGAAGAACAUCAAGCUUAUGCCGUCGCCGGACUCCAUCCCCGGCGCCGGCGAGUCCGAGGAAGAGUGGGGCCGGCGUUACCCAGUAAUCCAACGCGGCGGUAAUUACUACAGCGGGGGAAUUAGCAGCAAUAAUAAUAAUAAUAAUAAUGAUCAUGAUGAUGAUCUAAAUUCCGUAAUCAUGAAGAGAAUCUGCUCAUGUGACGACCAGGAUCUUCUCUCUCCGCCUGUGUAUAAGGAUUGCAUUAGCAGUAGUAGAGAAUUAUUACGAAGUGGGGAAAUUUGAUUAUUAUUAGUUGAUUAAUUAAGCCAGAGAUUAAUGUAUAAUCAAAAUUGAAAAAAAAAAAAGAAGAAUUUUGUUAUUUUGUUACUUACCAGUUACCACCAUAGUUUUGGCUUUCCAUCUUGCAGUGUACAUUUUUUUGCUUUUGUUUCUUUCUUUCUACAUGUGAUGUGAAGAAUAUAUGGAGAGAAAAAAAAAGGAUAGAUAUAUGAAUUCAACAAGUUCUCCCUUCUUGGUGUCUCUUCUUUCGUGAUGGCAACUCCGACGAAUACGUCUGAAACUCUGCUUCGAACUCUGUUUGUGACAAUCAGAGAGGAUCUUCUCUCGUCAUGAUAGGUUGCAGGGCUUCGAAUUCGCUACUAAUCAUGUCGAUUUCCAUGAGUAACUUGUACCAAAUUUACAACGAUUGGUGUUUUGAUCGAGCAUGUAGCGUCUAAUGACGAUCAACGAAACUUCAAACGGGUAGUUGGUUAUGAAAAUUGAACUCGAGAGCAUACCGUGUUUUGUUACUUGGAGCAUGGCCCUAGUAGUAGUAUUUGGUGUUGUUUAAAUACGAGAGAGGGACAUUGUGGGGGCGAAUAUGUGGACAGGGGGAUUAGGCCAUAUUUGUCUACGUGUGGGGGUUAGAUAAGUAGCCAAAAACAGUGACAGCAAUAAAAGAUAUGGGGAUUCUCUGUAAUUAUUAUUAUUAAGUAUAUAAAUAUAGAUGCUAGUAUGAUUCCUUUUCUAUUAUAAGAUUGCAAAUACCAUAGACAAUAGCUAGGGAGAGAUAUUUUAUUCGUUUGAUUAUUUAUUUCUCAUGCAUGGUUAAUUCAAUCCCGUGAACACAUUAAGAAAUGAUUUGUUCUUUUUGUUUUGUACUCCCACCUCAAAUUACAAGUUAUUACAAAAUACACCACUGUUUAUUUUCAUUUUCUGAAAAAAUUGUAAAACACACUCGUAUCUCGGUGAUCAACCAUCGAGAGAAAAAAAAAUUGAGAAUUUUGAGUAUAUUUGGAUGUAAAGGUUAAAGUAUAAAUGUAGUUAGGUUUGAAUUCUUACAAUAAAAAAUGUAUUUGUAGCCUAAUGGUAAACAUAUUCAAUAAUAGCAACCGUGUCACUGGUUCGACACCGAACAAUGAUACGUUCAAGUUCAACAAGAGUUAUCACGACAAUACUUUUUAUGUUGACAUAGUUCAAUUCAAAUCAAUAUAGACUUAAUUUAUAAUCACCAACAAUUAAAUAAUCUUAUUAUCCACCAAUUUUUUUAUGCACCAUUGAUCUAGUUUAAACUUCUAGACCACACAUAUAACCACCAAGAGCGGUCAAGAGAUUUGGGGAUUUGUGGUGGUGUGCCGUCUCAGCUCAAACUCAAUUGAAUCUUUGAAAACUAAACCCCUCUUUAUUCCUUAAUUAAUAGUUUGUAGUCAACUUAUUAUAUUCUCAUCUCCCUCCUGUUCUUGGAUUAGUUUAAACAUUACUAUACUAUUAGAUCGUAGUAAGCAAAGUUUCUUUACAGUUGUUAUUGUUCACCUUUUUGUAUAUACACAUCCAGUUUUCUUCAUCCUCACAUUUUGCUUUGACACCUUUUUGGGCUCUUCUUUUCUCAUUUGCUUCGUAUUGCUCAAUUUUGCUCGCACAAACGAUACAAUAUGCCUUCCUUCUUCUACACCCCAACACAGGAUUGACCAAAAAUCACAAUACCGGGUUUUUAUCACAAGAGAGAAGCUCCGGAUAGAACUCGAGCGGCAUUAAUCCGAUAUAAGGGUGGUUGACAACUGAUUUAUCGUUACUCAACAUGUCGAAUGGUACUGGGCGAGUAACAGAGAACAUAUAAGUAAUCAUUAUCGAUACUAAGAAUCGGUAUUAAAAAGCACAAUCAUCUAUUUUGGCAUAGAAGGAAACACAUACUAAUGUAAGUUUGGUACCGCAGUUAUAUCCUAAUUAUAAUAAGAGAUUACGAUUGAA